AUGUCUUCUGUGCGCGCAAAAAAAACAAUCAGGACCUACUCCCGCCAGCGAAAACCCUCGUUAUACGAUGAAGAACCACAAGAACCCCCCACGAAGCGCAGACGCGUCGCAUCGCCAGGACUCGACGAAGUGGAGAGUAACGAAGACCCGGAGGAUACACAGUUGGAAUUACAGUCAACGAGCAGCUCGUGGGUGCGCGAUAGUUCCGCGCUGCCAUCCAGUCCCAAAGACGCGGUAGCUGUGUUCUCGGACGAUGCGCCCCGAUCCAGUCCACCAUCCUCUCCCAUAGCGCAUAGCUCGACACCUCCAAUGCGCAAGAGGAGACCUAUGUUCUCAUUCGUGAAGCGACAAUCGAAGCCUGAAGUACUUGCAAAGGAGCCAUUGUCGGAAAGAAGUCACAACAUAUCAAAUCCGACUCAGAAUGUCUCGAAGAAGAAGAAGCUGGUGCAGAUGCAGCUUGAUCUGGUUGCGGAACCGAACAAAACUUGCAAGGCCUGCGGCAUGGAGUAUGUCCCGUCACUUGCUGAAGACGCUGCGGUGCACCAAAAAUUCCACGCUAUGAACAUUGGAGGCGUCGACAUUAGCAAGGCGAUAUCCGAGCGGCUCCGACAGAAGCAGGUCUGGUCUGGGGAAGACAGGAGUUUCAUUGCAGUAAUCAGCCGAAGAGAUGCAAUUCCCUUGCGCAACAAAGCUAGAGAAGUAUUGAAGAUCGUCAAUACCGAGCUAGGAGCCGUUCCCAUUUCGGAUGAGGCGCUGUGGAGCCAAACACGCAAUUCAAUACUCUCGAACAACUCGGCGACCGAGAGAGCGGCGCAGCAACCCAAGAAAGAAUAUUCAAAGCAUUUUGCUAGCGAUCGAUACAAGGUGUACCUGUACGUCCAGGGUUCAAAGUGCGUGGGAGCUUGCUUGGUGGAGAGGAUCCAGGAGGCGUUUCUUGUGCUGGAGCAGCCAUGCGAGGGUGACGCGGCGGCGGAGACGACCGGUCAGCUCCCGGCUGAUGCCAAUAGCUCGUCCAUUUGUGUCAGCGAGGCGCCAAAAUCUGCCAUCCUGGGCGUUUCCAGGAUAUGGACGUCAAAAUCGCAUCGGAAGCACGGGGUCGCGACGACGCUGCUGAAUGCGGCGAGAUCUAACUUCUUGUAUGGAAUGACCAUUGGCAAGGAGGAGGUGGCCUUCAGCCAGCCUACAGAGAGCGGAGGACGAUUGGCUAGGAAGUGGUAUGAUCGGGAAGCAGGCUGGCCGGUGUACAUUGAUUGA